AUGAAAUGCUCAAAGAUCCUUUUUUUUAAAAGCGUUAUAGGAGACACUGUCGCUUUAAUUAAGAAAAUUAAAUAGGAAGUAAAAUAAAAAAAAAUCAUGAGAGCUAAUCCUAAUUAUGAUGCAGAUUUUGAUCCUAAUUUAUUAGAAGAUGGUUAGAAAAUUAUCACUAAAAAAUUAACAAGAAAAUUAGAACUUUAAAUUCUAAAGGGGAAUGGGUUAAAGAGGUUUGAAAUCGAAGUCGAAGAAGAGUGUGUAGAUAAAUAUGGAAAUAUUAUUAUGACAAGAGAAAAACCAAAAGAAGGAAUUAUUACAGAUCCUUCUAUGUUGGCUUUUAUUAAUUAACAUGGGGGGUUAGCAAUAGGAGGGUCGAAGUUUAUAUUACCCUAAAAACCGGGAAAACCUAUGGCGAAAAACGGAUAGUAAAUUAAAGAAGGAGAAUGGUUUAUAGAUUAGAAUGGAAAUAAAGUUAGAAUGGUUAAAAAUGCGAAAGGGGAAGAAGAAUAUGAAGUUAUGGAAGAAUAUAUUGAUGAGUUUGGUAAUAAAUAAACAAGAGUUAAAAAACUGGUUGUUGGAAAAGACAAAGAUGGAAAUGAGAUUAUCACUGAAAGUUAUAUUGAUCCAAAAACUGGAAAAUUAAUUACUGUAUAAAAAAAAGUUUAUAAAGAUAAAAAUGGGAAUGAAGUAAUAGAAGAAGUAACAACUGAUGAAUUUGGAAAUAAAAUAACAAAAAGAACACGUGUAUUAAAAGAUAAAGAUGGUAUAAAAAAAGAUAAAUAAAAUAAAAAUAAAAAUAUAGGUAAUGAAUAUAUAGAAGAAGAAAUAAUUGAUUAAUUUGGAAAUAAGAUUAUUGUUCGUAAAAAAAAAAUGAAAGAUGAAUUCGGAAAUGAUAUUUGGGUCACAGAAACUAUAAAUGCAGAUGGAACACGUACUAUUGUAACUGAAAGAAUAGGGAAAAACGGAGAAAAAAUAAUAACUGAAGAAAAAAUAGAUAAGAAUGGAAGAAAAACUAUUACUGAAAAAAUAAUUACUAUAGGUAAAGAUGGAAAACCUAUCAUUUAAGAGAUUACUUAUGAUGAAAAAGGAAAUAGAAUAGUAAAAAAUAUUAAAUAAGAAAUAGAUAAAGAUGGUAAUUAAGUAACAGUGGAAGAGACUGUAGAUGAAUUUGGGAAUAAAAUAACUAAGAAAACAAAAUAUAUAACAGAUAAAGAUGGAAAUAAAAUAAAAGUAGAAGAAAUAAUAGGCGCAGAUGGUAAAAAAGUAACAAAAUAUACACGUGAAAUAGUAGAUGAAGAUGGAAAUAUAGUCACUAUUGAAGAAACUGUAGAUGAGUUUGGAAAUAAAAUAACAAAAAAAAUAAAAAGAAUGUUCGAUAAAGAUGGAAAUGAAAUUAUUGAAGAAGAAAUAAUUGAUGCAAAUGGCAACAGGAUUAUUAUUCGAAAAAAAAUUAAUAAAGAUGGUACUGUAGAAGAAGAAAGGUAUAAUCCUUUAACUGGAGAAAGAGUUAUUAUAAAAAAAAGAAUAGAUGAAAACGGUCGUGAAAUUAUAGAAGAAACACGAAUUGAUAAAGAUGGAAAUUCAAUAACUACAACAAAAGUAAUUACCACAGAUAAAUUUGGUAAUAAAAUAAUAACAGAAAGUUACAUAGACCCAAAAACAGGAAAAUUAGUUUAAAUAACUAAAAAAAUAACUAAAGAUAAAGACGGAAACGAAAUUGUCGAAGAAACUCGUUUAGAUGCAAAUGGAAACGUAAUACAAGUAAAAAGGAAAGUUUAUAAAGAUAAAGAUGGAAAUGAAAUAGUUGAAGAAUAAAUAACAGGCGCAGACGGGAAGAAAUACACAGUCAGAACAAAAGUAUAUAGAGAUGCUGAUGGAAACGAAAUUAUAGAAGAAGAGAUGAUAGAUGAGUUUGGGAAUAGAAUAAUUACUAGAAGAAAAAAAGAUAAGGAUGGAAGAGAAAUAAUUGAGGAGAUCAGAAUUGAUAAAGAUGGUAAAAAAACUAUUACUUAAAGGAUUAUUAAUAAAGAUGGGACUGUAGAAGAAACUGUUAUUGAUGCGAAUGGAAAAGUAACCAAAACUAUUAAAAGAAUGGGAUAUGAUGAUAAAUAAACACAAACUUAAAGUCCUAAUUAAGCUGAUUUAGAGUAUUUGUUAAUUUAAUUAGGGUGUAAGAAGGAAGAGGCAGGGUAUAUAGCGAAUGCAAUAAUGAAAUAUAUUAAAAAUGGAGAACCUUUUAUUGUUGGAAAUGAGGAUUUGGCAAGAUUAAAGGAUUUAUAGGGAAAACAUAGUGGGAAUUUGGAGAAUUUGAAAGAAUAAAGGAAAAGAGAAAUGGAAGAGUUGAGGAAGAAAAGAGAAGAAGAGAGAUUGAAGAAAUAACAGGAGAUUUUAGAGCAGAAACAGGCGAAAUUAAACAAGAAAAACAAAAAUGAUGAAGAUGAUGAAGAUAAUCUAGAUGUAAUAGACCAAGAUAUGACUGAAGAGUAAUAAUUAUAAGCCUUAUAUAAAAGGAUGAAGGAAAAAGGAGGGUUAAUGGGUGAAUUAAUGAGAAAUAUAAGAAAUUAAUUGGGAAAAAAUGGAGAUGAAGAUAUUAAUUUUGAAGAAUUUAAAGAUUAUUUUAAUAAAUAUAAAUAAGUACAUUCAAAAUGUGGAGAAAAUUGUCCACAUUUAAAGAGAUUUUAUGCUAAAUUAGGCUUUAUUUAAAAUAAAUAUAAAAGAAAAUACCUCAAAAUGAAGGAUACAAGAAUUAACGCUUUCUAAACAAAUAAAUAAAACUAAGAUAAAUUACCAUAAAUACAUAAUAUAAGUUAUAAAAUUAAUAAAUAUAAAAUAUAAUAUAUAUAAAAAAAAAUAAUAUAAAUAUAUUUCAAAAUAUAUAUAUAAAUUAUUUAUAUAUAUUUAUAUUUAUAUAUGUAUAUGUAUAUAUUUAUAUAAAUAUAAUAUAUAUAUAUUUAGAUUAUUAAAGCGAAUAAAUUAAAUCAAAUAGUUUUUAUAAUACUUAGAAAUAAUCACAACAUGCUUAAACUAGAGAAUAUUCUCGUACAUUAAUUUAAUAAUCAUCAUCUAAUUCUUAAUUUAUUUAAUAAUCUUCUAAUUCAUAAUUUGUUAAAACUUCAAUGUUUGGUUUAUAGAAUUCGCAGAAUAUUGAUAAAGAUCAUCAUUCUAGUCUUUAUUUAAAUUAGGAUUAAUAGUAGCUUUAAGACGAUUUGA